UGUGUCCGGCGAUGUUGUUUUAGUUCAAGUUUUCAACAAAGACAAUCAAACGCAACAGACACUUUGAGCUUUUAGCGAGUUUGAGAGGCUUAAUCUUCCUAAACUGCCUAAUUAAGUGCGUCUUUUCCUUUGUCGGCUUGAAUGCUCUGAGGAUUUAUUAGGCUGAGCUUUAACGCCAUCCUUCUAGUUGUUUAGUCAACUGCUAAAUAACUCAUUGUGAGGGAAACCAGUGAAUGUUGCAAUCGAUUGAUCAACUGGAAUAACUGCAAUAAACAAAUGACUUCACCCAAGUGCUUAUCAAAAAUGACACAUUUGCAUUGUUUUUGCCACUGCUGAUGCAAAAGAAGUUCAAAUACAUCGCGUCAACCACCAGAAGCUAGUUGGUAUAUAAUAGUUGGUAAUAAUCUAUAUCUGUGUUUGUUUCAGGAUGUGGUGGCUGAGCCUCUCCCUAAUAUGGUGGUGCGGUACCUCAGCAAUUCCUUCGCCGGGUUCUCCGCCUCCAACGCGAUUCGAAGACUGGAGAUGUCCAGAAAUCACUCAGCAACCGGUGGUGGAAUGCAGUUGCGACAUGCCUCAUACCUUAAGGUGCACCGGCGACAAGUCAGCUAUGCAAAUUAUAGCUCGAAAGUUGCGCUCCUUAAGAACAGCCUCCAUAUCCCUCUUGGACUGUACAGUACAAAACGUCUCCAUCGUCUCCGGUCCUCUUCUCGAGGGAAUUUCCCUCCAUGGACUAGUAAUUUCAUCGGGGGAAAUACACGAAGUUCAUCCCACAGCUUUUGAAGGUUUACUGUCGCCUUUGCAGGCGCUUGGACUGCCCAACAAUCGACUCGUAAUGGUUCCAACAGAAGCUCUAAAAAGCUUACCGGAGCUCGAUCGACUGGAUCUGUCCGGAAACACGAUGAAGACGUUGGAUGGGAGCUCUUUUAAGGGUUUGCGGAAUCUUUCCUUCAUCGACAUGAGCAACAAUCUCAUUACGAAAAUAUCGGCAAACGCCUUCGACAAUCUGCCCCAAUUGAGGAUUUUGCGGUUGCGAGGAAACCGGAUUUCUUUGCCGGUGAUCAGCAAGUUUAACCCGAUUUCCACGGUGGAAGAUCUGGAUUUGUCCGAGAAUUUACUAGUGGGGCCGUUGGGGCCGAAAACCUUCCCCAAGAUGGAGUGUUUGAAGGACUUGCAGCUGUCUCACAACUCUUUGAGCAGUAUUAAAAUGGGGGCCUUGCAAGGGCUCACAAACCUGACUUCGCUAAGAUUGCAGCACAAUCUGAUCGAUGUGAUCGAAGAUCAUGCGUUUCUUCACUUGACUACCUUGGUGAGCUUGGACUUGGCGCAUAAUAGAAUUGUUGCGGUGUCCGGGGCGUCUUUAGCACACCUCAGUUAUCUGACUGAACUGGACUUGAGGCACAACUUUUUGAGGGCUUUGACUGCCGAUCUGGUGCUGCCGCUGAAGUCUUUGAAGGUGCUGAAGUUGGACGAUAAUGAUAUUUCCAUUAUUGCCAGCGACGCCUUGAAGCCAACGACGGUUUUGAAGCAUCUGACUCUGCUGGAGAAUCCUUUGAAUUGCGACUGCAGCCUUAUAGAGUUCAGUGUUUGGCUAACGAACUCCUCUAUACAAGCUGAAGACAAGUCGACUGCUAUUUGCACAACUCCGCCCUCUUUGGAAAAUGGCCUUCUAGUCGACAUUCCUGCUGAUUCGCUGCUAUGUGGCGAAGAUGAGCAGGAAUCCAUCAUGGCCCCUCUAUCUACUCCUUAUCGCGCUAAAGUCAACCUCCGGGAUUUGAAAUAUGACGGGAAUUCGAUCAAAUUAAGCUGGGGUGUGGAGGAAGGAACUAGUCCCUAUACUUGCGAUGCCAUUUUCAUCUACGAAGAAGAAGGGCCCAAUGAGAUUAUGCUGGAGUCAUUUCCAAUCAAAUGCAACUCGAGUGAAAUGGCCGACCCCAGAAUCCUGCAGGUGGCCGUACCAACUUCGCUGCAGUUGAACCACAAAUAUCGCUACUGUGUAGCUCUGUUUGGCUCAGAAAAGUCUGACGAUGUAUCUCUGAUCCUGGGCUGUUCCGACAUGAUACCCCUCGUUCAAAAUACCGUGAUCCCUCAAAAUUCCUUCACGGGGCUGAUGAGCAAAGUCGACUCAGUACAAGCAAACCUUUCCACUUCUGGCAGUAUCAGUAUCCAAGUAGGGGUGUAUCCAGACAGUACAAAGUGUGAACUAAACGUGGCCCUGUUGGAUCAAAACACUCUGCUGUCCCAGAGAAAACUGUCCUGUGAAGACCCUCGAUAUACUUUCGUGGAUCUUAGCCAAGGACCUUAUCGGGUAUGCGCCAACGUAAUCCAGCCUGGACCUGCGAUCAACCUGCCCAAACCCAAAUGUGUCACAGUGUACAAAAAGGACUUCCACAGGUUCACCGGUCUGGAUAUCGCCUUUGUGGCGAUCUUUUCCGUACUCUGCAUAAUGGUGAUAGCGCUUAUAUGGGGGGUGCGACGCAUGCUGCUCAAACCCAAGCUCCAAACGCAUCAAUGCUUUUUACCGCCGGAUUAUGACGAGAAUGUGCAACACAAUCGGUAUGUUAAACUGCAAGCCACCACCAAGUUAUAACUAAUCACCAUCACGGUGUAAGUGCCAUAAAACUGUUGAUAUAGUAGACAACCCCAACCACAACACGGUCUCAUCGGUUUGAUUUCAGUGGGGAAAGUGGAUUAACUGUUACUAAUGUAUUAUAUUUAUCAGCUUUAAUAAUGUUAGUUGUUUGGUA